AUGCCAAAUGAACGACAACGAGUUAGUUUAUUGAGGUUGGAUGUCGACAAUACAUUAAAACCAUUUGAUGAUGAACGAAAAUAUUUACAAAAACUCCGUCAGUCGACAACAGUUGAAUCUAUUCUUGUUCAUUUAUUUGAUUUAUUACAAAUUGAAGACUAUCGUGUAUUGUUUUCCUCAAUUAAUUUUCAAACAAUUGAUUUAGCAUGGUUAGAAACUUUUAGUAAAUUGUGUAUGAAACGUUAUUUAGAAUUUGAUGAUAUAUGUUUUUAUUCUAAAACAUCUGAAAUAAAUCUUAAAAAUAAAAAUGAUACAAAAUCUAUUAUUGAAAAUUAUACGAAUUUCUUAAUUGAAAAUUUAAAACGACGUUUUACCAUGAAAUAUUUUUGUGCAAUUAUAUCCGAAUUAGAACAUCUAAGUCAUUUUAAAUCUGAAAAACUAUCAAAACAAUUAAAUGAAAACAAUCGAAUUGUACAUGAAAUUUUUUUAUUAUUCAAUUCUGAAAAUGAAGAUAAAGAUGAUAGUAUUAUACAUAUCGGUUCAACUCCAGCUCAGCCAAUAAAUCGGCCUGUUUAUAUUAAUUAUAAACCGAUUCAUAUGGUUUAUUUACGUGAAAAUCUUCUUAUUAAAAAUGAUCUGGAUGCGCGUUUACCAUUCAAAGGCAUAACGAAUACAUUUAUUGCUGAUUUGAUACAUACUAAAAUAAUCAAUGUACUUGAUGAAACAACAAGUAAAGUACAUGAUAUACCGACUAAAUGGCUUUAUUUUGCUAAGCCAUGCGAAUCGAAUAUUAUCUUACCGUUGAAAUUACGCGUGCUGUUACUUGAUUCUCAGAAAGGUACUCGUCGAUAUGGUUUAAUUGGUGAGGAACCAGGAAAAAAUAAUGACUACCGUUGUCUAGUCUUUUUUACUGAUGAUACAAAAAAUAUGUCGGCAAGUUAUCAUCCAUCGUCACAUAUUCAUAUUUGUCUCGAUCAAACAUUUUCCAUGCAUCAACACGAAUGUCAAAAUGAAUUUCUCGAUCGAUAUUUUGCAUCCUAUCCUGAACGUAUGAUGCUAAGAGCAAAAGAAGGUUCUCUUGUUAAAGUUCGAAAUGUAUUUACUAAUUUUAAUCCGAAUUCAUUUGUACCUGCGCUUGUCAUACAAAUCGAUGGUUCAAUGAUGCAAAUUGAAUUAAGUCAUAGUAAACAACGUAAAUGGCUCUAUCGAGGUUCGCCAUUGUUAGAUCAAAUGCAUAAUUAUUAUUCAACACAAAAUAAAGCUGCUGUCAAUGGAUUUGCUCGUCGGACGGCUCGACAACAUUUGUCAGCUAAAAGAACGAAUGCGCCCGAAAUAAUCUGUCUCAAUGAACAGACAGCAGGCAAUAAAGGAACAUUGGUUCGAACUGCUGAACAAGCUAUUGAUGGAACAGAUGAAACAAGAUCAAUAAAACGCAUUCGAGUAUCGAGUGAACAAAAUCUUCUAAGAUCUUCAUCGAUGCAAUCAACAACAUCAGUGCAAACUGGUCCGCGAACACUUCGACCGCGUCAAACAAAUAACAGUACACAAAAUACAUUGCCAUUGUCCUCUUCUUCUCCCUCUUUAAAUAAUGAUCAUUCAUCUUCUACAAAUCUUAAUCGUCAAUCAUCGUCAUCGUCUACUUCGUCCAAUCAUGGUGGUACUACUACAUCGAUGCAACUACGUUCAAGCCAUACAAAUACAAAUUCAAAAAUCGUUAUUAAUCCACUAUUUAUUGAAUUAGCCGAAAAAUUUCUUCUUCAUUAUUCCUAUGAAUUUCAUCCACACGAUUGUUCACAUAAAUGUGUUGUUUAUGCUGAAAAACAUUUUCAUCAGUUGCCACGUACUAUGAAUCCAUUCCUAAAGCCAUUUGCAUGCCAUUGGACCAUGUUGGACAAUUUACGAGUUCGAAAAGUUGGAGAUGUUCGCCUUAAAUUAACACGUUCAGCGUACAUCUAUUGUGCGCCAUGCGGUAGAAAACUUCAAAGUCAAACUCAAGUAGAUAAUUAUCUUCACGAAACAAAAUCAAAAUUAACAAUUGAAUUAUUUGUAUAUGAUAGUAAAGUUAAUGCUAAGCAACAUUAUUGUCCAGAUGGUAAAAUCUUAAAUCCGGAUAUAUCAAAUGAACAAGAAAACAUUCCAAUAUCAGUGGUUAAUGAAGUUGAUAAAGAACCUGGCAAAAUUGAAGAACCAAGUGCAUUUACAUAUCGCGUUGAACGAACGCCGGUUGCCGGCGUUAAUAUGGUUAUUAAUGAGCCAAGAAUGACAUGUUGUACUUGUACAGAUGGAUGUAGAAAUAGAAUUAAAUGUGCUUGUUGGCUGCGCACUUUGAAAUAUGCAGAAUUAAUCGGUGAUGAACGUGUUAAAGCCAUGAAAGCAAAACAUAAGAGUGACGCAGAAAUUCUCAAUAACCUCGGUUAUCGUUUUCGGCGUUUACAUAAAAAUGUUCCCGGAGGAAUUUAUGAAUGUAAUAGUAGAUGUUCAUGUAAUAAACAAACAUGUUCCAAUCGUGUUGUUCAAAAUGGUAUUAUUGCACAGUUACAGUUAUUUAAAACGGUUGCACGGGGUUGGGGUGUGAGAACUUUACAUGAUCUACCUGUUGGUACUUUUAUUAGUGUUUACUCGGGCGAAAUUUUUACUAGUGAACAAGCUGAUGAGAGAGGGAAAUUACUCGGUGAUGAAUAUCAAGCAGAUUUGGAUUUUUUCGAAAAUAUAAACAAUGACUCUGACGAAGAACAGAAUGGUGGCAUUUUAGAACAGGACGAUGAAGAAGAAGACGAAAGUGACACGUCUCCGUCAAGUUCGGAAUCAGCGAGUACUCGUCGUCGGAAUGCUAAUCUUCAAGCACGUGCACGUGAACUAUUAAAAAAAGAUGGAAAAAAAUCAUCAAAAACAACACCAGGAGAUAACGAUACUAAUUCAACAUUAAAUCGAACAUUAUUGCCUGAUUAUGAUGGUGUCGUAUAUACACUUGACGCGAAAUUAGUCGGUAAUAUAGGUCGAUAUUUUAAUCAUUCGUGUUCGCCAAACAUUGCUGUACAAAACGUUUUUGUUGAUACACAUGAUAUACAUUUUCCAUGGAUUGGCUUUUUUGCUACAAAGACAAUACGAUCAGGCACAGAACUAUGCUGGGAUUAUAAUUAUACAGUGGGCGAAAUAGCCGGCCGUCGAAUGGAUUGCCAUUGUGGUUCAGCGGAAUGUCGUCGCCGAGUUCUCUAG